GAGUCUUAGGCUCGUAGCUCGGGCAGUUUACAAGGGUAAAUAUUGGGUCUUGAGUGUGGAGGUCUUAUGGUUUACGUCACCAAAGCCUUCACCACCGUAAACUGAAACCUGGUGGAGAGUGGAGCCAUGAAUGCUGAAGAUCCACAAGAUACUUUCAGCAAAACUUACAAAGGCACAGAAUCUCUCAUGGCUUGCAAACAUUCUGAUGUCCAUGGCAAAGAUGAACAGGAAUUGGAAAAUCCUAUACUUGAUGCACAAGUUGAUGCUUCAAGUAAAUAUGAACAGAACUCGGGAACUAUUGGAGAUGAAAUACAGUUUGAUGCACCUGCUGGACCUGAACAAAAUCCAGGUCUCAGCAUAGCUAAUAUCUGUAUUGGUGACUUUAGUAACAGUAAGAAAGACCUAGUCACUAUCAACAUAAAUGAUUCUUAUUCAACUGAAACUUUCAGUUGUAAACAAAAGUUUGGUAGCAGUGAUGGCAUCUUGCCUCACAUAAUUGUGUCCUCUCCUUUAGAUACAACUUUUACUACCAAGGCAAAACAAGAUUUUACUACAAAGAGUCAGAGCAUCAUUGUUGCGGAUGAUUGUAAGCAUAUUGGUUCUGCUAUGAUAAAUGUUGCUUCAGUUAGUAUUAAACAGAGUUCAAUAAAUGUGAUGCCACUAGCUGUACCAGGUGGUGGAUCCCCAUUGGUUUCCUCUAAACUGCAGAAUAAUGAUCACGAUAAGGCUUCGAGUUGUCCUAAAGUUAAAAUUAAAAAGACAGGCUCUGUUGUUGUCAGAACAAUUGCACCACGUACAAUACGUAACAUUUCUGCAAAGUGUUCCUCCAGCAAAAAUGGUGCUUGUGAUGAACCUUCUGGUACUAUAUUGAUAACUAGAGAGAUGAAUGAAGGAAGGACAAAUGGUUCUUCUAAGGUAAGAGGGUUUCCUACAGCACAAAUUGCCAACAAACCUUUACAAAUCAAACUGAAAGUUAAUGAUCGGUUAAAUCUUUCCACUUUGGAUAAUGAACCUUCAACAAACCAAGAACAUGUGAUCAAAAACUCAUCACAUUCUAUUUGCAAUGAUGAUGUGUUGAUCUCAAGGCAGCUUGAUGAUGAUGGAGAUAAUAACAUUACAGGAGUAACAAGGAGAAUGACUAACAGCAAGACACCAAGUGAUAUUGUAGAUUCACACUCUGAAAUACAGGAUGGCAGUAGCCAUAACUGUGGUUUCUGCAGGUGUAGAUUAAAGAGAGCUGAAGGGAACACUAGCUUGGCACUUGACAAACCACUACCAUCAAGUUUGUUAGAUCCCAUAUCUCUGCUGCAGUGCCUGGGCAUAUCCUCCCCAUUAUAUGCCAGUGGAAUUACCAAGAACAAUUUAAGUAUUGUUGUGUGUCAGCAGUGCUGUACUCUGGUUUCAGAUGGUGAUGUAGUGUACCAGCAAUUAUUAUCUGUUAUAUCACAGAUGAGGGAACUGUGGCCCACAAAUGACAGUGAAAUAUUAAUGGUUCCUGUUGAUUCAAAUGGCAGUGAUAAUGCUUUGAAGGCAAACUAUGAGUCACAGAGUCUAAAGAAAACUCCAGUGCAAUCCUCUCAAAAUGUGUAUAAAAGUUGUAAAUCAAUUUUACCUAAACCAAACAUGUCAAAAGAGAAUGAUUCACUGACAAGUUAUGUUGAUGGAAAAGUGCACAAGGUAAAAUUUAAACAAGAGCUUUCAAAUAAUAAGAUGCGUAUAUGUGGAUUUUGUGGAAUGGAUUUGUAUGGCGAGGGAGACUGGAAUCUUCACCAAAGUGCUGUGCAUAGAGUAGAGAAAAAAUGGAGAUUAUUUAAUUUACAACCAACUCUUAAAACACUUCUUGCAAAGGAAAUAGAGCAGGUUAGCAUGAGAGAGAGAGAAGAUUCAAGACAGAAUUGGAAGUCCGAGAACAUAAAUACACGAAAGUGCCCUGCAUGCAGUAGAACUUUCUCGGUAUGUGAAGAGUUGGUGCAGCAUCUACGCAACUACCACAAUAUGGUUAUUGAUGAAGAGUUUUUGUGCCAUAUCUCGGAGGAUGCAAACGUGAUGGACUGGAGUAACAGCACUGAGACACACAUGGUUGAAAAUUCAAUAAAAUUAAAAACUGAAGGGAUGUGGGAUGACCACACUGGAGUCCAAAACUCUGAGAGUGAUGCAGUGUUUGGCUGCACUCUAACAGAUAAUGAUACACCAGUUUGUGAAGGACUGGGAGAGCAAGGCAUUAUCACUACUGUAAAAGGUGAAAUAACCAACAUAAACACUGAAGAUGAUGCUUUAUCAGUGCCAGAUGACAGCCAAAAUUAUAUUGGAGCUAAUGAGAAUAAAGAAUUUAGUAUACAGGUAUUUAAAAAAGAGAAUUCAAAGAUUGACUGUAGCACAGAAUUUUGCUGUAGAGUUUGUGCAGAGUCGUUCACAAGCCUAGUGGACUUAGAGAAACACGAGUGCUUGGAGCACUCAGAAUCAGUUAAAGUGAAUAAACACAAGAUUGGUGAAGAAUGCAAGGUACAAACUACAUUCUCUGGUAUUGACUCUUUACCAAUGAUUUUGAGGGCUAAAACCAAAGUUAGAUGUAAGUUAUGUAACCAGAUUUGUGAUAGCCCAGAAGAUCUAAAUAACCACAUAGACACCUGCCACGAAAACUCUGUUGUCAUUCUGGAAGAUGAUGGAUAUGGAGGCGUUAUUGACCAUCGCUUAGAGCUAUCUAAGGCCCUUGGUUCAGAUUUAGAACAUGUACAAAAGGGAUCUGAAGCACCUAAACUUCAACUAAAUGCCUCAAAGAAAAAAACUGAAAAGAAAAAAAAAAUUGUGUGUAAUUUGUGUGGGGACAUCUUUCUUAAUCGCCUCUUGCUGGUGAGACACAAACGUUCAUCCCAUGGGGAUGUGUAUGGAGUAGGUGGAGUUAAUGGGUUAGUGAUGGUGGAAUGUGAUCUCUGUGGUAGGAGACUACAUGGAAUAGGAUCUCUACGACUUCACUUAUCUAAGGUGCACAAUAGGUCACAGAAGCCUCCACUAAAACACAGAUGCAAAAUGUGUAUAUUCCACUCUAAGACACGGAACCAGCUGGAGAAACACAUGCAGGAAAAGCAUGGUCUGAGUGUAUUGCCACCUGUUGAAUGUAAAGUGUGUGGCAAAAUGUACAGUGCUAAGUACAUCGAUAUACAUAUAGCAAAUAUGCAUGAAAAUCAAAAAAAGUUUUCUUGUAACUUUUGUGCCAUGAAGUUUAAUAUAAAGUCUAGUCUAAAAUGUCACAUUUCGUAUGAACAUGCAAACAACAAGUGGUCUUGUGAUAUGUGUCAUAUAGAGUUUGAGAAGUAUCACCAAUUACGGCAACAUAGAAUAUAUGUCCACAGUACUCAAGUGUAUUCGUGUCCACAGUGUGGGAAGACUUUCAAACGUAAAAGUGAUAUGACAGAACAUGGUAAAAGGCGACAUAUGGAAAAAAUAAUGAGCGAGUGUACUUAUUGUGCAAAGGCUUAUUCUGAUCGUAAAAAACUUAGGUCCCAUUUGAUAAAGAAACAUGGUGUGGCUUGGGAGGACACAUUAUCUAAAAGUUAUGCUCGUCACCAGCGAGAAAAUAAUUGCUUGCGUAAACACCAGCCGAGAAAUUCAAAAAUAGUAUCUCAGAGUUUAACUUAUAAUGGAGAGACCGUUGGUAUUGAAAUUGUGCCGAGUCAGUAUGACCUUGAGGACAGUGGAGAGUACAUACACUCCGAAGAGGAACAGCAAGGUGAUGACCGCCGUGAAGUUCACCAGGUGCAACAUACUACUCAGAAGCAGGAAAAGAUAAUCACAACAUAUGCAGGAGCCAGCAUAGAAAUGAUGGAAAGUCAGGAAAAAUUUAAAGUGGUGCAAGUUACUGAAGGUUCAAAAAAUAUGACCGAUAUGGCAAACAUAUGCUAUAUUGUUCUAGAAGAGACUCAUACAUGAUGUGGUUAAUUCUGCAUUAUGAAUUGUAUUAAGGACCAAUGAGCUUAUCAAAUAUAUGACGUCCAACAUGAGCAUCUACGGCACUGAGAGGGUCAUCCAGCAAGAAGAUAUCUGCGUCACUAUAUGCUGCCCGGGCCAGAGACACCCGUUGUUUUUGUCCACCAC